AUGCCUGCAGAUCGCAGGGGUACUAGUAGUCGCCGUCACGGACAAAACUACAAGUUUGUUGAAGUUGACUAUGCCGUGGAUGUCGCACUUCGGAACAAAGCGACGCGUGUUGCAAGGCAGGAGUAUAGCAUCGAUGUCUCGAUGACAGGCCCGGACGACACUAGUACUUUUUGUCACUAUAUUCCGCCAUCACAGCCGCCUUUGCCCGCACCCCCACACCCACCCUUACAUCUUCCGCCAGGUCCACCGUCCCCCGAAACGCAAUCCCCAUCUCCACCACCCAUUCUUCCAUCACCAUCACCUCCGAGUCCAUCACCGUUCGUUCUACCACAGCCAUCUCCUCCAUCUCCGUCUUCUCAAUUACCACUCGUUCUACCACCCCCGUCUCCCCAAUCACCGAUUGUUCUACUAUUUCCACCAUCGCCACUUGUUCUACCAUCCCCAUCUCCGCCAUCACCGUCCCUGCUACCGUGGGAUUCACCCGUACUCCUAGCACUUCCAGUGCCAAUGCCGGCCACAAGAAUCGGCGAGUUAGAUGAUGAGCCUGAGUUAGUAGUACCCGCUGCCGCCGACCGUGAUGAAGGUCAGCUUCAAGUUGAACCUGAAACCCUCCCGGGACAACCUGAACAGAAUUGGGACAUGGAACAGGUGGCCGACAUUUGGUCUUACAUGAAAUUUUGA